GUCCGCAAUGUAUCGACGCACGACAACUCCGCCAGCUCCAAGCUCUUCGAGGAUGCUGCUCGCGAGGAGGCUGAGGAGCAGCAAGCAGCAGCACACAAAUCGUCCAAGCUCUCAGCAUUAGAGAGUCAGCAGGAGAACUGGGACGGCGAUGAGCCGAUUCAGCAUGCUGUCUUGCGCAUGCUUGUCGACAAGUACAAACCUAUGCGUUCCGGCCCUAUCAGGUCGGCCGAGGAAAAGCUCAAGACUGCCCCGCCUCAGGUGCGCACACCCGACGCACCCGCAAAUGCACAACUACAGGACACUGCGGCGAAUGCUGCGAACGCGGAAGCAGCGAGCAUGCCAGCUGUGGAAGCAGUACCCGUCCGCCGCUACGUUCCCGGAGAACCUAUCCUCCCCGGCAUAGAGGGACAUAUGCCUUGGCACACUACAUUCAAGGUCCCCUCCCAUGCUACCUCCAAUAUCCGCUACGGCAAUAUCCAGCGCCCGCCUCCGCGCUCGGCGCGACAGACUGGCCCUCUCCCCGUGGACGAGAAGGCGAAGCGGAAGGAGCGGGAAACGAAGAAACGUAUGGAGCAGGGCACCAGGCUCUCCCAGGCCCGGGAGUCCACCAUCGACUAUCGGCUGGGGAUCAAGGGGGCUGCUGCUGAGCAGCUGAGGCGGCCAAAUCCUGUAUCCUUGAAAGGAUGGGCGAACCUGGUGGAGGAGCGAAUAGAGAAAGCUCGUCAGGCCGGACAUUUCAAGACCGUGAAGGGCCGUGGACAACCUAUUGCACGCCUCUCGGAGGACAAGAAUCCGUUUAUUGGCCGUGAAGAGUUCCUCAUGAACAGGAUCGUACAGCGACAGGGGGCGGCUCCGCCCUGGGUAGAGAUUCAAGGCGAGCUCGAGACGGCCGCAGCCGCCUUCCGCGAGGUAGUCAAACAAUCCUGGACGCGGCGCGCCCUGCGCUCCAUAACCGCCGCCCACCCCGCCGCGCUCCUCCCGCGCCUCACGCUCGCGGACGUCGCCGCGCUGCGCGACCCCGAGUGGGAGGCGCGCGAGCGCGGGUACCACGACAGCGCGCUCGCGGAGCUCAACGCGCUUGUGCGCAAGUACAACGGGCUUGCGCCGUACGCGGUGCGCCGGCCGUACUAUAUGCGCGCGGUCGAGCUCGAGCGGGUGUAUGCGGAGGCGGGGGAGGAUAUUUUAAGGGGCCUGGAGGAGAGGGCGAGGGGGGUGGGGCCGAGGAGGCCGGCGUAUACGCUGUCGGAGGAUGAGCAGGGAGGGGGUGGGGCUGGAGCUGGGAGAGGGUCUGCGGUCGACUGGGGAGGCCUCAAGUUGCGGGAUAUGUUCCGGGAUUUGGUGGGUGCAUUCCGCGGACGAAGUUGACUGAAUACCUGCAUUCCUGCGGUAAGUUGCUGGCCUUCGCCCACCUAUAGAUCCUCCCUCCUUUUCGCUCCCUUCUUGAGGCGAUACUCCACGCCGUGCGUAAUCCCCCCACUCACCAUUUCUGCUUAGAGUGCAUCACACCCUCCUGUACACUAGAUCAGCUCCCGCUGACGCGUGUAAACUAGCUGUAUCUCUAACGCUUCCA